AGAGUCAACCCCAGCACGCCCCUUGUGUCGCCGCGCAGUUGGUUUAACCCGCCCACCGACUGCUUCUGUUGGACGGAAGCCAUCUCUCUCCCUUCCAGGGGCAGAGCGCGCAAGCAAUUACCUUCUUAAAACAAGCAUUAGUUUAGAUCAAAAUCACUCACAAAGUUGAGUAUCUGAACAACGCCUCUCAUUUGUGCCCGCCAGUGCAGAGAUUGUGGGAAUAGCGGACCCCAGAGGACCCCCACUCCCGGUUGGCCCUUGCGGGACCUCGGUCUUGCCUAAUUUUCCUGCAGGAAAUCCCUUGCGUCUAUCGUUAGGACUGGCCCGGUGUCUCUCGUCGACCUCCCAGCGACCUACUUACGGCCCAGGCCCGGUUCAGACGUUUCUCGCCACUGCUGAUAGCCGCGGUCAGGAGUCGAACGCGUUUCGUGCUACCCGGAUUCGUGUCGUGGUGUGUGAUCCACUGCGUCGCCACUCUACUCGAGUUUAAACAAUGUGGAUUUAAACAGGAUUGCAGUUAUGGCAAAACGAAUUCCCAGCCUCCUUGACAACAUGUUUACAAUUCAGCUGCCCAGCAAAAAAGGGGAAGGGAUCCUGGGGCCGGUUCCAGGGCACGAGGAGCUCUUCCCGCACUUCGACGAGCAGCCGCCGCUGGGUUUUGGGCGCCCGCCGAUCCUCGGCAGGCCGCCGAGGGAAAUGCUGCCGCGGCAAGCGCACCCACUCACCGCCGCUGCAAUGGGUGGGCGACACCACGUUGAGUUCUCCGGAAUGCCAGACCCGCGAUCAGGAGUGGGCAUCCUGGGGCCGGCUCCUGGGCAUGAGGACCUCUUCCUGCACUCCACCAGCUUCGGCGGAAGAGAGUUGCCUCCGCGGCAAGGGCGUGCACUCAGCCCUCCUCCCCCACUGGGCCUGCGCCCCCCGCCCCCCGACCAGCCCCGGCCCAUGCAUCUGAAACACCGCAUGGCCGCCCACGACGAAGACUACGGUGGGCGUGGCGACGACGCACCCCUGUACGGAGAGGUGCAAGACUCGCACUCUUACGACCGCGUGCCCUCCAACGACGACUAUGUUACGCAGCAUCACACGCAGCAUCACACGCAGCAACGCUUUGAGUACGGCCACAAAGCGACACCGUUGGAUGGUGGCAGCAAUGCGGGAGACCCCUACGAUCGUGACAACUACGAUUGCGACACCUACGAUCGCGAGCAAUACGAUCGUGACUCCUACCAACGCGACCCCUACCAACGCGACGCGUACGACCGUGAAAGCUACGCGCCUGCUGCGGACAGCGGCGAGUACGAGAUGACGGGGCCCGACCAGUACGAGAGAGCGUCGGCCCCAUAUGGGACGGCCUACGAGCAGGCUCCAGAGGUGCCGCAUUCCGGGCGGGGGCUGCUCGGUUCGCCACCACCCCUGGUGCCGCCACCGCAGUUAAACCCAUACCCGCCGACGAGCCUGCUGGGGGACCCCUACAUGCCGCGGCCGACGGUGGCGCCGCCGGUGCUGCCUUUGCUGCACACACCCCUGCCCUUGCCAGUGCACAGACGUGUCGGGACACUACACCCGCAGACGAGCCUGCUGGGCGAACCCGACAUGCCACGGCCGGCAGCGGCGCCGCCGGUGCUGCCUUUGCUGCACACACCCCUGCCCUUGCCAGUGCGCAGGCGCGUCGGGCCUUACGAGCGGGACAACCGUGUAUCGUCUCGUAGCCGUGCUCACGGUGAGCAGACGCGCAGCAGCAGAGGCCGAUUCAACACGUCUGCCUCGGACAAGCGGUCACAGUCUGCCAACGGGCACGGGGGCACCGCCUCCAGAGGAAGAACGCAUGGUGUCGGGGGAACUGGGGAUUCUCAGAUAAGCACAGCAGGAAAACACGGCUCAGAAGCACCCCCAGAGAAGAAAGCCAAGCUACAGACUUGUGACGGAGCGAAGGAUUUGGAGAAGCAUUCCGAUGACUCGGCCAAAGCUGGGAACAAAGGCGACAACGAGAGCAGCACUGAGGCGGCUGCCGAUGGAAAUGACAAGAACAGUUCAGAGAAGAGCCUGCUGACAAUGACGAUUCAGCGCGGAGAGAGCAGCAGAGCUUUCAAGGGCGGCAGUCCGAGCCAGAAGCAUGCAGAAAAAAGCGACGCGGCGGAAGACAAAGUUCCCAUCACGUGCCACCUCUGCAACGUCACCUGCGCCAACAAUCGGCAUUUCAAGAACCACAUGAACGGUGCGAUGCACGCACGCUGCAUGCAGGAGGUGCAACAGAAAAGCAGCGUGCAGGUGGCCAUGCUGCUCGCCCAGGAUGGCUCCAAAUCAGCUGAACACUGCCUCCUCAGCGUCGUGUCACCUGAUCUCGGCAAGCCAGCCUCCCGCUGGUGCAGCAUGUGCAAGGAAUACUUCACUUGCAACGUGGUGGAACAUCGGCGCAGCCAGAUGCAUAAGAAAGCCAAGAACUUGACCAGACCGUACUGCACCAUCUGCAGGUGGAACACGCGUUCUGUGCGCAAGUUCGUGGAGCACAUGAGCUCGGAGGAGCACAGGCAGCGCGCACAGCUGGUGCAGAGCGGCAAUGCAGGGAAAUCUGGACAGAGCCCAGGGCCAACGGAGGAGCUAAUAACGGUGGACGCCGUGGGCUGCUACGAGGAUGGAGAUGAGGAGGACGAGGAAGAGGACGAGGAAGACGAGGAGGAUGAGGAUAAUGAGGAGUCCGCAGGGGAUUGUGCCAUCAAGAAGAAGCUGAGAAAAGCCGUGAGGCCGGCAAGUGACAGCGCUGCAUCCCACGAUGGACAGGAGAGUAAGGAGGACAUCGAUGAGCAUAAUGAUGAUGACGAUGACCGCGAGGAGGAGGAGGAGUUCCACGUCAAAGAGAAAGAUGAGGGCAUAGGCAAGAUAGAAGGAAGCCAAUCGGGCACGGAGAUCGUCAAAGAAAAAUUCAACAAAAAGGCGAUGGGUGUUGGGGGAAAGGCUGCAGAGAUGGAAUAUAACCCCACGGUGGCGUACGGCGAGGAGUUUGUCGUCACCGUCAGUGGCUUGCUCUGCCACCUGUGUCAAAAAUUCUACCGCGCGGAGCCCUCGGCGAGGCUGGCUCACUGCCGCUCGCACGCUCACUUUCUCAAACUUCAGAAGCACCUGCAGGCUAGCGGCUCCGGGCAGACUUCCCAAGUGCGUGGAUCGAGCAAGCGGGGCAUGACGAAAGCCCAGAAGCAGCCAGGUGGAGAGAAGGAUCCAGAGGGCAUGGCUGGUGAACCCAAUGAGGGCUACAUCCGUGAAGAUGCUCCUUCCAAAGAAAGUGGCGAGGGAGUUCAAGAGAAGGACGACCUCUGGCUGGCUGACCACCAGAGCACGGAUGAGGAAACGGACUUCUUCGAGGGGCUGCUAGCGCAGGACGAUGAUUUUGGCUACUCCAUUGGCCUCGAUAAGGAGGAAGACCUCAAUGAUUUUCCCAUUUAGUUUCCAGCCCAAAUGCAUUUGCGCUUGAACAGAGCUCACGAGCCACCUUUGUUAAAUAUUGUGGCAAUGGCAUAUAACGGAGUUUCAAUUAGCGUAGGAGCCCUUUGCAUUAUAAUGAUUAUAAUUUAAAGACCUUUGGCUAUCCACUGCUGGAUGAAGGCCUCUCCACGCUGUGUCAGAUGUGGGGGUUGAUUGACCAUACUUCACCAGCCUGGCCACUGUGGGUUGGUAAAGGUGGGGGUCACGGACCAGCUCGGAUAAUACUCGCAAUGGUUGUUUGCGUUUAAAUUUGAAUCGCUUGCUUCAUCGCGAAGUGCGCUAACCAUUACGCCACCACUUCCUCCUAAUUGCAUUAUAGCAGCGGCGAGGAAAGUGAAAGUGCACAAAAAAAAUUAACUGUACAAUUCAGAAAGUUUCCGUGAGCCUCGUGACUUUUUUUAUGAAGGGUCCUGCAAAUUUAGUUUCAGUGGUGGGCUGAUGUAUAUGUAGUACAAUUGACCAUUUUGCAGGGAAUUUUUUUAACUCUUUAUUCCGACGCCAGCACACGUAUGCGUGUGUAUGUGCACGGAACUGAAUAAUUUCUGUGCAGCGUUGUGGGAUUAAAUUGAAUGAAUGAUGCUAUAUAAAGUGAAAUUAUUAUGUUGGAACUUCUUUCGCGCCAUAAGUAGCCAACCGCGCCAAUCGGAGGUGUCUUGUGAACGACGUCCCAGUACAGCGAGUCCGCUAUCUACGUUGUCCCGAUUUGCAUUGAGAAAAAGUAAUAAAGAAAUUAGUUUUUAAUCUGGAUUUAAAAGUGCAUAGCUGCUGCGGUAAUCAUUUUAAUAUUUACGUGCAAAUUUUGACCAAAAAAAUACUACGUAGAACGUAUCCCAAAAAUUUGAAGUCAAUGGUAAAUUUUAUUUUGAUUUACAUUCAGCAUCUGCAACGUAAAUCGAGGACUUACUAUUUACCGUCAAACUGAAGCAGGCGGCGUGUAUAUAUUUUUAGUUUUGUUUAUUGGGGAUACCCGUUGCAUUCAAACCACAAAUAUGUGGGAAUGAGCGGCGAUUCGUGCUACUGUCGGGGGCCAUGUCACCGCCCCAAUGUGAGAGAAAAAUGUGCGACGCGUAGCAAGUAAAAAUUAUUUUACAAACAAGUGGAAGUAGCCGUUCUUGAACACCCCCCCCCCCCACCAGGCCUUUCCAUGCCCCCUCUCCCUCACUUUGUCCACCUUUUCCCCGAGUGCAUGUGCGGCCUCGAGCCGAUCUGACAGUCUGGCGCGUUUGUGUUUAUGAAGGUUUCACUCGCGUUGUGUGGUAGAUGCGUUCCAAAAAUAUGUCUCCUUCAAUCACUCUGUAUCCCCUCCCCUCUCAGUGUCGGUGUUCUGUAGGGUUUGGUUCUGGGUCCCUUACUAUUCUCCAUAUUUCACCACUUGAAUAUUUUAACUCUUUCUGUGUUCCUCAUUCCUUUGUAGGUAGAGAAUUCCCUACCGUCUAAAUCAUUCUAUUUUCUCACUCUGGUCUAACACCGUUUUGGGACUAGGCUCAAAAGAAAGCUAUCUCUGGUGUAGACCAAUCAGUUUCAAAGACAAUGCGUAUAUUAUCAAAGUACGUUUUUUUUUGCAUUCUGACCACAAGUAGUG